AGUCAUUCUAUAAAACCAAUAGAAAAUCAAUUAAUUAACAUACUACAACAAUAGAAUUAAAACCAUUAGUUGGACUCGUGCCGCAUUGUCGGAAUCAGAUGAACAGAUCUAUACUUUUCAAACGAUCGCUCGGACGAAACGAAACGAAACGGCCGCAUAAAGAUUAAGCAGUGAGUAACGUGGAAUGGACAAAGCCAGAACAAUGUCAUCCACUGGAACGAAUAGCACAAAAUUGGGUGAUGUCGAUCUGAUUGAGGUGCAAUUGGAUAGCUUGGAUUCAACCCAGAAUAUGAUUGCUAUGAACAAUGGGAUCGUGGCAGGAACACACACUAUGCCAUCGAAUAAUGCCUCCAGUCCGAAGCCACAGAAAAAUGUAUUCAAAUCGAAAAUCUUUAUCACAGCCGUGAUAUUCUCGUCCGUCCUGAUGACAGCCAUGUGCAUUGGCUUUCUGGUUCAUUAUGAGUUUGCCGCCGACGUCAGUGACAUGGAAACGGUGUCCUAUUGGCAUGUUUCUCUGCCCCCUGAGCAACAGGUGUGGUACGAUCGUGGCAUUGACGAGCUUAAAGUGGCCCUUAAUCGUGAACUGAAUCGACGUCGGGCCAAGAAUGUAGUGCUUUUUGUGGGCGAUGGCAUGGGUCCGAACACGGUGACAGCAGCUCGCAUAUAUGGAUGGAAAGAGGAGGGUCUGCUCAGUUGGGAACAUUUCCCACACAUGGGUCUGCUGAAAACCUAUUGUGCCGACAAACAGGUGCCGGAUUCCUUCUCGACGGCUACGGCCCUUUUUGGCGGCGUCAAGGCAAACUAUGAGACUGGUGGUGUAGAUGCCAAUGUACCGCUGGGUAAUUGUAGCGCUUCCCUUGAUGAGUCGCAUCAUGUGCAGACUAUUCUAAAGUGGGCACAAUUGGAUGGAAUGCGAACUGGUUUUGUGACCACGACACGAGUCACCCAUGCUACGCCCGCGGCUCUUUACGCCCAUGUGCCUGAUCGACGUUGGGAGUGCGAGACGGGAAUGCCACAGGAAGCUCGAGAGCAAGGCUGCCUAGAUAUAGCACGCCAAUUGAUUGAGCACAGCACAGGACAGCAAAUAAAUGUUAUUAUGGGUGGUGGACGACAAAUGCUGGUGUCGAAUGUUAGCGAAUCACCUGCUGACCCAUUGGACACUUGGGCAAGUAAGUCCCAGGACGGAAGAAAUCUAAUCGAUAAAUGGGCUAAUUUAAAAGCCGCCCAAGAUGCCAGAUACUCUGUGGUACAAAACAAUGCCGAGCUAAGGAAUCUCAAGAGCCAGGAGACUGAUUAUGUCCUGGGUAUUUUUGCCAAUGGUCAUCUUAAAUACGAUCACGAGCGGGAUCAGGGUGAUGCUGGUAUGCCAUCGUUAGCCAACAUGACCGUAAAGGCCCUUGAAGUGCUGGGAAACAGUGAUAAGGGUUACCUACUGAUAGUCGAGGCAGGCAUGAUUGAUCAAGCCCAUCAUCGGGGCACGGCGCGAAAGGCGUUAAACGAAGUAUUGGGGCUUAAUGAGGCGGUUGAGGCCACAUUAAACCUUCUUAAGAACAAAAAUCAAAUGGAUGAGACGAUGGUCAUAGUAACCGCCGAUCAUUCGCAUAGUCUCACCAUCAAUGGUCAUCCAGAGCGUGGUGCCAAUAUUUUGGGUUUAGCUGGCAAUUCGAAAACGGAACAAACGCCAUAUACGACUCUCACCUAUGGGACCAGCUACAAAGGCUUCCAGGUGGACGCCGAGCAACAUCAGCGUGUUAAUCCGGCGUCCAGCGAUACGACCGACUGGGAGUAUACGCAACAAGCAGCCAUUAACACAGAUGAGAAUCUCCACGGCGGAUCCGAUGUUACCAUUCAUGCACGUGGUCCUAUGUCAUACUUGUUCCAUGGUGUGCACGAGCAGAGCUAUGUGGCGCAUGUCAUUUCCUAUGCUCUAAGAAUUGGACGUUUCCGUGAUAGCGCUAUUGCCGAGUCCCUUGCUGAGCUUAUACCACUGUAGCUUUAAAAAUGGAAAACAAAAAUUGGUAUAACAAAUGUUUUUUUUUUAACUUUAAUAUGUACAUAUGUAUGUACAUUGUGAUAGGCUGCUUUUAUUUAUAUUAUGUAUACAUAUGUACAUAGGUGAUAUAUAGUAUAGCAGCUGCAAAGAAAAAAAAAAAUUAAUAGAUAAAUGCGUUAAACUUUUCUUAAAGUUAUGAAUUUUUUAUUUCCAAAUAGUUAAUAAUAAUAAUGAUGAUUAAUAAUUGUCUUUUGUUUUUGUGACUAAUAAAUACUUUUAAAUAUAUAAUAUAGAAAAUUA